AUGACCGUCAAAUCCGGUAAGAAAUCUGCGGCUCAUCCCAAUUAUUCGGUUAUGAUCAAGCAGGCCUUGACCACAUGUAAGGGAUUCCAGAAGAUGAGCCGUCAGGCCGUUCUCAGCUUCAUCAAGCAAAACUUCGGUGUCGAGAAUAAGGCAGCUCUUAACAAGGCUCUUAAAGCUCUCGUGGAUGCUGGUACU